AUGGCAACUGACGAUGAGUCCGGUACAAUGGCAAUGACGUUGGGUCCUGGAACCUGGAAUAAAAAUAAGCCAAAAGCAGAUAAGGUCCUUGAAAUGGGGUUAAAAACGCGGCCAGAAUCGGUGAAUCCAAUAUUGGGCGGCCACCCACAGCAGAUGCCGCAGAGUAUGUCAACUGGCAGCAACACAAUCGGCCAUGGUGGCAUCGAUCGCGGCGGCGUUGGACUGCCAAUGGGCGCCGGAACAAUGCCCGGCGGCGUGGGCGUGGGCGGUGGUCCACAGGUGGGACCGCCCGGGAGCGGUAAUGGUGGCAACUGCCAGAUAAGCGGCUCUCAGCCGCUGGUCAUGCCCGGAUUCCCGUUGCGUAAUUCCCACUCAGCGCAUGCACCGCAUUAUUCGCCAUAUUCGCCAUCCAGGUUUCACAUAGAUAAACGCUGUCAGCACCGAUGUUCCUGGAAAUGCUUGAGCAUCGCCUUAAUAUUCGUAUCCGUCGUCCUAACCGCCAUGGUGGCAUAUUUUGCAGCAGUCAACUCGAUGAAACCGAACAUGGACAGUACCAAUUGCAUUUUAGUGCAGGACGUCAAGUCGCAACCUCACGACCUGCGCGGCGGCCUGGCCAAGGCGAAUGAGAAGGGCGUGGCCACCGCUUAUCCCACGGAGGAAUCGAUACAGACCAGCACCUCGGACCACAAUCACAACCAUCAAAAUGGCCUGAAUGCGGCGGUGGGCGGCGGAAUUGGUGGCGUCGGUGGCAAUGCGGGCAUUCAGCAGCAACUCCUGUUGCAGCAACAGCAGCCGCAUUCGAUAAACCAACCGCUGACACCGCUGGAUGCGACCAAUACCCAGCUGCAGGAUCAUCAGCAACUCACCUAUGGCGGCGGCAUAGCCGGCUCGAAUGGUGGCCUAAAUGGCGGACUCGGCGGUCAGUUGCUGCAGCCGAACGGAGGACUCGGUGGCCACCAUCACCAUCAGGCACUGCAGCCGCAACUGGGCGGCGUCGUCGAACUGAAGGAGUUCAACGAGGCCUAUCAUGCCACCAUACCCGCCUAUCAGUUCUGGACUCUGGAAUUCCGUAACAAACAUCCGGCCUUCAUUAGAUUCAACUUCACCCUUCCCUGGGGCGCUCACUUUGCGGUCUAUUCCCGCCGGAAUGUUGCGCCCUCGGUGACGCAGCACGACUUUGUGGAGUUCAUCAAGGGCGGACGUCUCGAUAGCCAUUUGCGACAUCGUCGCAGCUCCAAUGGAUCCAUCAAUUCCAUUUCCGCUGGCCAACAGGAUGUGGAACUGUACCGGGAGGAGGAACGCGACAGAAGUCAUCUGCUCGAGGAACACGAUCGCGAAGAUUCCGAGCUGGACGACAGCCACAGCUUCGAGUCGAGUGAGGCAUACGAUGUGGAGACACCGCUGGACACUGCCAAGCAGCAUCUGCAGCGGAUCGGGAAGCCGCAGGGUAGCCAUUGGCUCAAUAAGAGAUCCGCCGGCGAUUCCGGCCUCCCCGCUCUCGAUGUGGACGCCAUGACGGUGAAUGUCUCUCUGCUGCAGUAUCUGGACACCGGGCUAUGGUUCAUCUCGGUCUACAACGAUGAGUUGGUGGCCCAUUCGGUGUCCCUGCUGGCCGAGGAGGCCGAGGGUGUCAGCACCACCUGUCCAAAUGAUUGCUCCGGACGUGGCAGCUGUUACCUGGGCAAAUGUGAUUGCAUCGAUGGCUACCAGGGUGUGGAUUGUUCAAAGAGCGUCUGUCCCGUUUUGUGCUCGGCCCAUGGACACUAUGGCGGCGGGGUGUGCCACUGCGAGGAGGGCUGGAAGGGCGCCGAGUGCGACAUUCCAGUGGGCGAGUGCGAGGUUCCCAAUUGUUCCAGCCAUGGACGCUGCAUCGAGGGCGAGUGCCACUGCGAGCGCGGCUGGAAAGGACCCUACUGCGAUCAACACGACUGCCUGGACCCACUCUGCUCAGGACACGGCACCUGUGUCGCUGGCCAAUGCUAUUGCAAGGCAGGCUGGCAGGGCGAGGAUUGUGGAACCAUUGACCAGCAGGUGUAUCAAUGUUUGCCCGGUUGCUCCGAGCAUGGAACCUACGACCUGGAGACGGGACAAUGUGUCUGCGAAAGGCACUGGACGGGACCAGAUUGUUCUCAAGCUGUCUGCAGUUUGGAUUGCGGCCGGAAUGGUGUUUGUGAGUCCGGAAAAUGCCGAUGCAAUUCCGGAUGGACCGGCAACCUGUGCGACCAGCUGCCCUGCGAUUCCCGUUGCUCGGAACAUGGCCAAUGCAAGAAUGGCACCUGCGUCUGCUCCCAAGGAUGGAAUGGCCGUCACUGCACGCUGCCUGGAUGCGAAAAUGGUUGCUCUCGACACGGUCAGUGUACCCUGGAAAAUGGUGAAUACCGUUGCGAUUGUAUCGAAGGAUGGGCUGGUAGCGAUUGUUCAAUUGCCUUGGAACUGAACUGCAAGGAUAAUAUCGAUAAUGAUGGUGAUGGCAUGACCGAUUGUUCAGAUAGCGAAUGCUGCUCUCAUCCUGCCUGCUCGGAGCACAUUAUGUGCCUAUCCUCCAAUGAUCCUGUGGAGGUCCUGCUCAGGAAGCAGCCUCCCUCGGUGACCGCCUCCUUUUACCAGAGAGUCAAGUUCUUGAUCGAGGAGAACUCGGUGCAGUCGUAUGCCCACAUGGACGAGUACAGCGAAAAUCUCUUCUGGAGCUCGUUCACACCUUGUCGUGUUUCGGUGAUGCGAGGACAAGUGAUCACACCCCAAGGACUCGGCAUCGUGGGCAUUCGCGUUUCCGUGGAUCGUGAUUCCCGAUUUGGCUUCACUCUGACCCGUCAAGGAGGAUG